CGGCAUUGACUUUAUCGGUAGAAUUCAGUGCGUGAUUUAUCACCAAUUUAUACGCAAUCCAAUAUCACACGGUAACAAUUAUUCCUCGGGAACGUAAACGAGACAGAUACAAUGUCUACGAGAAUAACGGAGAUCUUUAAUUCCUUCCAAGAUUAUCUGAACAACGAACAAGAAAUACGCGAGAAAAUCCGCGUUAUUGUCAAAGGUAUCGAAAAGAGUGCCAGAGACAUUUUGAUGAUAUUACAAAAUAUUCACAAUAUAGUACACGAUGUGGUAGACGAAAAUAUAAUCAUAGCGGUAUAUUGUACAAACGCGAGAGGAAUAUUUGAGGAUGUAAGGAUACAAUAUGCAAAUCUGGCUGAAAUAAUACCAAGUAAUCAGUAUUAUCGUUAUCACGAUCAAUGGCGUUUUGUUACCCAGAGGCUAUGCUUUCUAGUUGCUCUAGUUAUAUAUUUAGAAGUGAAAGUUUUGGUCACCAAAGAUACCGUCGCAGAAAUAUUAGGAGUAAAGGAUAAUAGAGAAGAAGGUUUUCAUCUAGAUCUAGAAGAUUUCUUAUUGGGCCUACUUCAAUUAUCUUCUGAAUUGAGCCGUUUUGCUGUAAACAGUGUCACCAAUGGUGAUUACGAUCGGCCAAUAGAAAUUGCAAGAUUCGUUAAUGAAUUAAAUGCUGGUUUUCGAUUAUUAAACUUAAAGAACGACAUGUUGAGAAAACGUUUUGACGCCCUGAAAUAUGACGUAAAAAAGAUCGAAGAAGUAGUGUAUGACUUGUGUAUCCGCGGUUUAAAACCUUCUCCUCGGCCUACUGAAGAAACACCUGCUGUAUAAAUCUUUUUUAUAUCUUUCCACAAUCUUUCACAUUAAUAUACCUCCAUGUGCAUAAAGAGUACAAUGAGCAUAAUGAGUACAAUUGAGUCGUGCGAAAAUAUGAUGAGUUCAUAUAUAACAAAGAUUUAUAUGUUCUUUUUUAAAUAAAAUUUUAAAUGUAAAUUUCUCCAUUUUAGAUUCUCAACAUUCGACAAAUUGCCGAUAUUAUCGAAUUAUUUAAAAUUUUGAUAAAAAGUGGAAAAGUAUAAUUCUUUUUUUGAUAUUUUAUAUUUAAGUAAAACUAUUAAUUAAAACUUAAUAUUUUUUUAUUGCCUAGAUAAAUUUAUAUAAUAUAUUUAUAUAUAACAAUAUAUAAGUAAUCUAUAUAUUGUUUUGUGAAUCUUUUUUUGUUUAUAUUAUGACAUUUAUCACAUGUGAUAUUACAUUUGAUGUAAAAUUCCUUGUAAAUCAAAAUUUAAUUUAAAAUACUAUAUAACGAAAAUAUAAAAUAGGUAUUUUAUUGUU